ACGUUGAUGCUCGUUGCAACCACACUAUUUCCACAAGCCCUCUCCUCGCUUCUUAUCAUUAAGAAGAAGCAUCAUCAGGAGUUGGUAAAGUAGCCUUCUACUCAUCAACUCAACCAAGAAAAUGGCCACCACACCCGCUUUAUGUGGCCCUGUGUUGAACACCUCCUUCCUCAGGAAACAACCACUGAACAUGGUAAGCAUGAGGGCAUUCCAAAACGCUAACGCCAUGUUUGGUGUGGAAGGAGGACGUGGAGGUCGUGUCACUGCCAUGGCUGCUUACAAGGUGAAGCUGAUAACCCCAGAGGGAGAGAAAGAGAUAACUUGCCCAGAUAAUGAAUACGUUCUUGAUGCUGCAGAAGAAGUAGGCAUUGACCUUCCCUACUCAUGCAGGGCUGGUUCUUGCUCUUCCUGCGCCGCCAAAAUUGUCUCCGGCCAAGUCGACCAGUCAGACGGUAACUUCCUUGAUGACGACCAGAUUGAUGCAGGCUUUGUUCUCACCUGCGUUGCUUUCCCAACCUCCGAUCUUGUCAUCCAGACCCACAAGGAGGAUGAGCUAGUUAGUUAAAUCUUAUCAUCAUCGCUGUCAUCAAGUUUCUUAUGUUUCUUCCCUUUCUUUUAUGUCUUGUGCCAUUUCUCAGGAUACACACACCCAUUAUGCUUUAUUACGUACGAUAAGUAGCUUCUUAUGAAGUAAUUCAUUACUUCCCCUGUAUUAGCAGUUCAACUUGUUUUUUGUUAACUAUAAUGUAAUAAUCUUUUCCUUACAGUUUUUGCACGCAA